AUUACCGUAGUUUUAGCUUUCAGCUUCGAUGAGAAACUGAGGUGUUAUAUUUUUACCUCGAUUGUUAAAAUAAAAUUGGUUUAUAAUUAAUUUCUUUUUGACAAUACUAAAAUAAAAUUAACACAGUUCAUCUUUUUUUUAAUUUCUAUUUAUUAUUUUCUCUUUUAAUCUUCUAUUAGUGUAUUUAGAGAGAAUGAGAAAACCUGUACAACUCAGCGGGACCUUAUAAAAGUUAAACGCUUAACAGUAGUGUGUGUUUAGCGUUGAUGAUAGUAGCAUUGUAUGUGAAUACUUAUCUGUGAUAUUUUAGUAAUUUUUUUUUUUUUUGGCUAUUUGAAUUUAAUUUUUUUUUCAGUUUUAAGUUAAUAUUUUUAAUAUAAUUUUAAUUUUAAAUAAUUAGCCACAAGUGAUCAAUUUUUAUUGUAUAAAAAUAUUGUUUUAAAAAAUUUAUCUUUUUAUCGACUUCAGAUUUUGUAAGCAUCACAAGUUUAAUGUGUAUCGCUACCGCCCAGACGCAAAAAACAUAAUUUUAUCGAAAAAUAACUGAUGGAAUUAUCAAUAAAUUUCACUUAAUCAAUGUCUCCGUUAUACGUAUAAUAUAAACAAUUGAAAUUAAGCUGGGUUAGGAUCAUAAGUGCAAUUAAAACACAAUAUUUGGAAGGUUCUAGAACAUGAUUUACAUAUAUUGGAAACCAUUUACUUUCAAAUUAUAUAUUUUACUUUUUUAUUAUGUGUUAUUUUUUAAUGAACCGAUAGCAGGCGAUAUCGCUUUACAAGCUGAUACAUUUAAUUUUAAUGGAGCCGUACAAUUUGAUAAAAAAGUGAAUGGAGCUGUUCCUCUAAAUAGUAAAAAUAUUGACAUGACUUUAGCAUCAAAUGAGUUGGUUAUAAUUAACUUUUAUGCAGACUGGUGUCGAUUUAGCGGUAUGCUUGCACCAAUAUUUAAUGAAGCUGCCAAUAAAGUAGCUGAAUUAUACAAGCAACCUGGUAAGGUUAUAAUGGGAAAAAUAGACUGCGAUUCUGAAACUGCUGUGGCUUCCAGAUUUCAAAUUACAAAAUAUCCUACUAUUAAAGUAUUGAUCAAUGGUCAACCAGCUAAACGGGAAUAUAGGGGUAAACGAUCAGUUGAAGCAUUUGUUUCUUUUGUACAAAAGCAACUUGAAGAUCCUGUACAAGAAGUAUCAAAUUUAGUUGAUUCAAAUCAUGCUAUAGAUGAAAAAAUGAGGGUUGUUAUUGGAUACUUCGAUAGCAAAGAUUCUAAAGAUUAUGAAGUAUUCCGUAAAGUAGCCACAAAUCUCAAAGAUGACUGUUCUUUUUUUGCUGGAGUUGGUGAAAAAUUCCGUGCAAUGCAUCCAGCCAAUGAGUCUAUAGUUGUUUUUAGACCAGAUCGUUCAUCACCUGAAUCUGAACAUCAAACAUUCAAAAAUUUACCAUCAGAUUAUGAUGCUCUAAAUAUAUGGACAACAUCUAAAUGUGUCCCUCUAGUACGUGAAAUUACUUUUGAGAAUGCUGAAGAAAUCACUGAAGAAGGUUUACCUUUCUUAAUAUUUUUUUAUAAUCCUAAAAAUCUUGAAUCUGUUAAAUUGUUUAAAGAUAUUGUGAGUUUAUAUCUAAUAGAAGAAAAACAGCGAGUUAAUUUUUUAACUGCUGAUGGUUUAAAAUUUGCUCAUCCAUUACAACAUUUGGGAAAACGAGAAUCUGACUUACCAGUUAUAGUAAUUGAUAGUUUCAAACAUAUGUAUCAAUUUCCUAAAGAUGCUGAUUUCACUCAACCUGGUCGUUUAAAACAAUUUAUUGAUGAUCUCUAUUCUGGCAAAUUGCAUAAAGAGUAUCACUUAGGUCCUCAAGAUAUAAUAAUGACAGAACUGAUCAAUGAUAAUCAACUAAUUGAACAGACAUUACCUCCUGAAUCAACAUUUAAGAAACUAGCUCCAUCAAAAAACCGAUAUACUUUAUUAAAAGAAGAGUUAUAGUUAAUUUCACAUAGCACACAAUAAAAUGUAUCAUAGACUGAUAAAUAAAUUAGAUAGUAUUAUAUAUGUUUUUCCAAAUUGUAGCUAUGGCCACUAAACUUAAAAUCUUUAACCUAGUCUCCCAAAGAAUUUACCAUAAAAAGUUUGUAGAAAAUCAUAUUUUUUAUAUUUAUUUUUAUGUUUUAAAUAGAAUUAUGUGAUAUCAGUUUAUCAGAAUUGUAUUGAAACAUAAGUAUUUUUUUACAAAAACAUUUUUAUCUUUAAUAUAUCACUUGAUUCAUGUUUUUGUGAAUUAUAUAUUUAUCUAAUUUAUUUAUAAUUUCAUUUAGCUUUAUUAAAUCAACUUUAGAAAAUUAAUAUAGAUUUAUUUAUGUAAAAUCAUUGAUUAAUUGACAAUAUUUGAUAAUGUCUACAAAUUUUUAAUUUGUUGUAAAAUAAAUAAACUUGUUUUAUAUACUACAAUAUUAUUCAAAUUAAUUUUGUUAUUAAUAAAUAGCUAACUAGAGCAAAAAUAUUAUAAUGUAAUUAAUAAUCAUUUUAUUUAAUUAAGUAUUAAAAGCCUAAACUUGACAUUAUUUUUUUAAUAAAUGUUUUGUUUAGCUAAAAUUAACUGAAUUAAUUUAUAUAUCAAAUUUAAAUAAUAUAUUAUUAAAUUAGUCUUUUAAGGGCUACAGGCAUAACUUAAACUUUUUUUUGUAUUAUAACAUAUCUUUUUGUUAUAUUUGUAAUGAUCAUAUUAUCAUUCAUACACGAUAUUUUAUUCUAUUGGAGAAAUUAUAAUUGUUUUAACUAUUGAAUAAUUAAUUAGUAUUUACAUAAUUGUUAAAAGAAAACAUCAAGUAACUUGUUGAAUUUUUGUUUAUUUCAUCUGGUGAUAAUACUAGAUUAUGUUAUAUAAAUAUCUUCAUAUUUUUAAAAAUACUUCCCAUUAUUCACCUUGCAAUAUUAUAUUUUCUUUCUUUAUUAAUUGUAAGUUUAAUUAUUAUUAUUAUUAUAAAAACUUCUUAAAGUGCUUAUAAAAACAAUAUAUGUAUAUAACAAAUUAUUAAUUGAAACUAAUGUAAAAUGUAACAAGAAUAUAUCCUGAAAUUGUUUAAGUUAAGUUUGGCGAUCUUAAGUCGUUAUUUUAUUUUCAAAACAAAAAUAAUGUCUUUAUGUUUUUUCUUUCAAUGGAAUAAUGACCUGAAGACUUGUAUCACUUAAAAUAAUAUAUUCACUUAUCUUGUAUUUAGAUUUAAACACUAUCUGCUAUUGGAAACGCUUUUAUGUGUAAAAACGUUAUAGUACUGUUUAUAAGUUUUGUUACUAGUAAAAUAUUGUGAUGUAACAUUAAAGUUUAGAAUUUGAUUUUUAAAUAAACUUUGCAUUCUAUUAAACA